UAAAUAUUGUUUCUAUGUUUACGGUUACCAAAAUGUUUUCCAAAUGUUUACACAUUAUAUGCCUCUUAUAGAAAGUAUUCGACAAACGAUAAACUCGUAGACAUUGUCACCGAAUGUGUGGACAAAACCAUCAAAACAAUGUUAGAGAAGGAAGGGGCGAACAAACUAUUUGAUCCGAGAAAGUAUGUCUACCUUAUGUGUCUUAAUAUGUUAGCGGGAAACGCGUUCGGUACCAGCUAUGACGUGGACGACGAGGAAUUCAAAUUCAUAAAAUACGUGAUCAACGACUUCAACGUCGAGACCAGGGGUCGGGUAAUGUUAUGGCAAUUCUCGGCGCUGUUUAGACUAUUGGACAGACGUCUGGUGGCGAAACAGCGCCAAAAUUACGUCGACUUAAUCGCGUUGAUCGCCGACAAGUUUAGCGCCCAUUACGCCGACUAUACGGAGGGCGCCGAGCGAGACAUGUGCGACGCGCUCAUCACUGCCCGGAAGGAGGCCCUCCGGGAGGGCCGCGACGGGCCCCACCUCACGGACGACAUGCUCGCGAUC